CUCAGGUGAUAUGGCGCCAAAUCAAUCUUUCAGCGGUUAGAUAGCGAUUUGUUAGAAGGGCCCGUAGAGCAGGAUAGUUAGGACAAACACAUUGGUCAUGAAUGGUGGACAUCAUUGGGUGGAAAAUUUGGAUUGAGAAAGUCAGAUGGGUGACAAUUGAAAUCGAUGGGAUUUGAAGCACAAUGAUGGGAUGGAAGACUAGAUGAUCAGAAAGGUGUCUGGGGAGCCUGACUGAUCAGAGGGGAAGCCUGACGAACAAGUGCAGUGCGGCACAGUCGAGUUCAGGUGGUGGAGGAGUGUUGAUGGUACUGACGAGGUUUCUAUGAAGGAGAGUGUGUAGGUAAAAGAUGGAUGGAGAAGGAUCUGGGAGCCUGAGCAAGAAGCAGCUUGGAGCAUGGAGGAGGAGAUUGCGAUUCGGGAGGAUGCAGGGUGCAGCUAGCAUGGAGGAUGCAGGAAGCUUGAUGGAGGAGAUUGGGAUCCAGGAAAGAGCAGGCAGCUUGGAGGAGGAGAGCGCGGUGGUGCAGCUUGGAGGAGGAGCAGGGAGAUGUUUAAAAAGGGGGUUCCCGGAGGAUGAAGGAUGA